AUGGACGGACGAGACCCACCACGAAGCUAUCCUCAUCGCCAACCCGAUCCCAGACGAGCCCACCUACAGCAGGUGGCUGCAACGACCAUAGCCGCUAUCAACAAUGGCUACGUCGAUGUUUGCGACCAUGUCCUGCGGCAGACUGCUCGCUACGACAUACGCAGAGACGUGGAUAAGAUGCAGCAACGCACCAGAUUCUACCCCGACAACGCUCGUGAGCUGGUCGACUGGAGAAAGAGCCCGCAGCCACCCACAGCACCAACACCGACACAUGUUUCUGCCCUCGAGCUAUCCACCCUCGAGGGCGCCCGAUACCUCUCGACGGUGCACUCGAGGGGCAGGAUCGGUGUGCUCAACUUUGCAUCGGCGACGAAACCCGGCGGUGGGUUCCUGAACGGCGCCCAAGCACAGGAAGAGUCGCUCGCCCGCUCCUCUACCCUCUUCGCCUCCCUCCAGUCCGACACAGCGCAGCCUUUCUACGCCCUGCACGACCACGACGACAAGGGCGGGUACUACACGCACGCGAUGGUGUACACGCCGGGCGUUACCCUCUUCCGCCUCGACAACGGCGAGUGGGCGCAGCCGAUCAAGGUCGACGUCCUGACGAGCCCCGCGGUGAAUGCAGGCCAGGUGCGCAAGCUGCGCCGCCGAUCGCGCAACGAGACGGAGGGGAGGAUUCGGGAGGUGAUGAAGGAGCGUAUGGGCCGGAUUCUCGCGCUCUUCGAGAGCAAGGGCAUGCAACACAUCGUCCUGGGCAGCUUCGGCACGGGCGUCUUCCAGAACGACGUCCGAGAGAUGGCCAAGAUAUGGCAGGAGCUGCUGUUGGCCCCAAAUGCGCGGUUCAUGACGUCCUUCGAGACUGUCCUCUUUACGAUCCCGGAUAAGCGUACACGUCAAAAAUUCGAGUCCAGUUUCUUUCCAUCUCAUGCAGCGUCUACUUAG